AUGUGCCAGAGGUUCAUCUCCAAGGAGAGUCCACAGGGAAGUGGCCAGGUCAUAGUUGAGGUGAUGGAGCACCUGCAGCAUCUAGCACUUAUGGACUUGGGCAGCCAAGAAGCCUACGGCACAACUGGAGAAAGCUAUUGCCUUUGUGGACCAGCUCCGCCAUGGAUAACGGACAGAGUGGAGCCCAUGGUGUCAGUACUGGAGGACAGAUGUCUAUACUUGGGGUUCAACAAUGUGGUGGAAUGUACAGAAGAACUACUACAAAUCUCCACAUCAAGUUAUGGAGGAGUAUUCUGUGCCUUCCUCCCCAUCCCAACCCUCCACCCCGAAAGUAAUAUUUCUUUACCGAAGAUGGAUGAACAUGAGCCUAUUUCACCCGGCUUAGUAGCUGUUCUGGGAAGGGGUACCCUGUUCACAAGUGGAACACAUGAACAGGUGAAACAGGUGAAAGCACAAGGAUAG